UCUAACUCCAACAAACCGACCACUUUGCCUGAAUCGGCCUUUUAUCCACGCACGCGCAGAGAGGCGGAGACGAGCCACGUGACAUGCACCACGGAAGUACCAAGUCUUCUUCAAUAUGUCCCUCAGAACCGACUCUUUUAAAUUGUAAUAAAAUAAACAUAAAAAAAAAAUACACCACGAUGCUGCCGUCAGCUGCAGUUUUUCAUUUUCCCUGGGAAAUCAAUUCUGGAAGCGUCCAAGAAGGAGAAUCGGUCAGAACAUUUGGCAGACUUUUAUACUAUCAGCCUGAGGAGUCCAGGGCUACGCUGUCAGCACAGCAUGCUUCCAAAGAGCACCAAGUGGUUGUUCACACCUUGUUUGUGGAGCCCUUCAACCCAAUAAUUGGAGCCCAGUACAUCGUGCUGGGUGAGAUAGAAAAUGAUGAGGGAGUUGGUGCAAUGGUCCGCGCCCGUGUGCUGAACUGUGUUGAUGGUGUAAACAUUGCCCUUCUGCAGAAAGCCAUCAGUGAACAAAGGAGCUUCUUCAGUGAGAGGAAGUACAAACAGGGUGCACAACUUGCAGAUGCAACGUGAUCAGGGUCUUCAUUCAUUGUUGAUUGUCAGAGCUGCAGUGAUGCCCCAUAAGGUGCUGUGCUGGCUGAACUCCAGUGAACUUAAUGACUGUUUGUUUGGUUUUGUGCAAAUUAGUGAACUAAUAUUAGACGUUCUUGUAGGGCCACUGAAGAGUUGCAACCAGAUGUUUAGGGUUCAUAGGUUUAAAUCUGUUACAUUUUUAGAUAUGUCUGUCAUUCUUAAGACUCCUGAUAAUUAAUCAGCUCUGACAUUUUUAUAAAGUGGAGGUCUUAACAUGUUUUUUGAUGUUACCAUUUUUUUUUUCACAUGUGGAAAGCUCCAUCCACACUGGAAGCGAGUCACUUGUGGCUCAUGGCUGAUGCUUACAGAUGUUCCAGGCUCCAGUUGCCUUGAUUAACCCUAUAAUGUAUUUUUUUACCAGGUCAUAUGUCAAUCUAAGGUAUCCUGCACUCUCAUUGGUAGUCUCUUCAAUUGCUCACCUGAAAACUGAGAAAAGUUUAUCUCAGGUACCGCCCACUUCAGUGGUUAUUUUGCCCGUAGUCACUGGAAGUCACUUAAUAGCAUUAAUUCCAUUUUCUCUGAUUGCCAUGUUGCUGCAAAUUGCUUCCAGUGUGGACGCAGCUUGGGCCAUGGCAUUGUAUCACAGUACCGCACUUGAAUGCAGUGAGCCCUUUAAAAUGGUUUGUUCUUUCACAAAAUUUUGUAAGGACAGACUGUGUGACUAGGUGUUUGAUUUUAUAUGCCUGCGGCAAUGGGACUGAAAACACCUGAAUUCAAAGAUUAACAACUGUUGCCCGUUACCUUUGUCUAUAUAUUCCACCUAAUUGAAAAAAUAAAUGAAAACCUAAAUGUUAUACUGAUGGAUAAAUGUUUAAUAUUCCUCACAGACUGUUAAAAAUAUAUUUUAGGUUAUCUGUCUCAUUCAUUUUAUCAGCUAAGUGUGUUCUAAGCAGAAGUUAAUGUCAAUACAUCUACUAAUAUAUCUGAUUAUUAAUUUAUCAGAUAAUUAAUAUCUGAUACAUCUACUUGAUAGAAAUAUUCAUUGCAAAAGGUUUGAAAUUGAAAUAAAGGAUUGUUUAAGGCAUCAGUGGUCCUCUCUAAUGCAGGUUCAUUUUUUAAACUGGAAAUAUAUUAGUUAAGGAUGCCCUUAUGGAUUGAACCUGUACCUGGUUUUGCUAUUAACAUGUAUGCUAAAUCAGGGGUCCCUAGCCUUUUGCCCUGUGAGCUCUCAGAUCAGGUCUUUAAUGUGGACUAGAGUUGGAAUAUUUGUUCUAUUAACCAAAGAAUCAGUCUGCAAGGAAGAACUUUGACCUUUGCUAAAUUAUUGCUGUUAUUACUUAUGCAGAAAUACCACAUAUUUUCUAUUUUCAACUUGCAAAAAGUGCAGGCUUGCUGCAUUUUGGGAACUGUUAAGUGAGUUUUAUAUCAUUUACUGAUAUAUCACAACAGUUUAUACAGUUGUUUUAACAGCUGCACUUUUCAUCAUGCAGCAUCUCACCUUUAUCUUAUCAGCUCUCUGUUAGUCUCUUUACACAUAUGCAUAACUCUUGUAUGGAUAGAGGGGACCUUGAAAUUGCAUUCAGUGCUUAAAAUGUUAUAUUGUCAAAUAGCAUAUUCUUGUACAUUCUCUUUCAGGAUUUUCUGGUAGAGAGCAGAAUUCAUGGUUCAAUCAAUUAUGGCAAAUUGUCUAGGUCCUGAAGCGGAAAAGUAGCCCCAGACCAUCACACUACCACUACCAUGUUUGACUGUUGGUAUGAUGUUCUUUUUAUGAAAUGCUGUGUUAGUUUAUGCGAGAUGUAACGGGACUCAGACCUUCGAAAAAGUUCAACUUUUGUCUCGUUAGUCCACAGAAUCGAGAUGUUUUUAGGCAAAUAUGAGACAAGCCUUUGUGUUGUUUUUGGUCAGCAGCUGCUUUUUCCUUGUUGCUCUCUCAUGGAUACCAUUUUUGCCCAGUCUUUUCCUUAUUGUUGAAUCAUGAACACUGACCUUAACUGUGGCAUGUGAGGCCUGCAGCUCUUGAGAUGUUCUUCUGGGUUCUUUUGUAAUUUUGUGAAGCUGGGCAUUCCUGGGAAGGUUCACCACUCUUCCAAGUUUUCUCAAUUUGUGGAUAAUGACUCUUACCUUGGUUUGCUGGAGUCCCAAAGCCUUAGAAAUGGCUUUGUAACCAUUUACAGACCAUUUUUCUGGUGAAACUGAAGUCAGCUUUCCAAAAACUGUGGUUAAUUCAUGAUUUAAUGGUGGGGGCAAUUACUUUUUCACAGAGGGC